AUGACGUUUUGCCGACAGUCCUUAGUCGCUUUAUGUUUUGGGGGGCCACAGGUUUCUGCUAUGUCUAUGUUCGACGACGACCUUGGCCAGGAGCUGCAAACAGAGGAAGCUGUCAAGCCGAAGUCCUCCUUGAAGCCUCGUCGGGGCAGCCGGCGACAGAGUCGGCGAGUCAGUCAGGCAGGGGUCGAUGCUGCCGUGGCCGCAGCGGUGGGAGAAAAGUCGGAGGCGACGGGCGACAACAUCGGCAAGGCUCUGUCAAAGAUCACGGGCCAGGCCAAAGCCUUAAAGUUUGCCAUGGACCUGGCACAGAAGGCAUAUGAUGCCCGCGAUGAAGAGGAGGACGAUGACUUCCAUGUGGAUUGCGAAGAGUCUGAUGAGUAUGAUCCGGACGGGCAGAGGCAGGAUUCUGAAGUCGAAAAGCUUCGCCAGCGAGCGAAGUCUGAGCCGGCUGCGAAGGAAGAACUGGAGAUGGCGGAGCUCUUCACAAACUUGGAGAGCCCCACCUUUCAGCCUGCUCCGCUGCAUGUCCGCGGUCUAUGCCAGGGCGCAAAGCGAGCCUGUGAGCGAUCUUUGGCGGUGGAGGAGCAGCGCCUCGCUGUGGCGGAGAUGCUGGGCCAGACGCUGGGUGGAGAGUCUCCCAAAAACGUGGAAUGCCUCACAGACGAGGAGCAGCAAAAUCUCGAUGUCACCCGAAAGAGGUUGCGCUACAACGUCGAUUUGUUGAGGAGACGGCGGCAACGCCUCGCCAACAUAGACAAUAAGACCUUUCAGCAACUGCCGGAGCCCAAUCUGCAUCCUUUGGGUGUCGAAGAGGUUGUGAUCCGAGCUGCUGGCUGGUUAGCCUUCAGGGUCCUCAACGUUGCCGAGAAGCCUUCUGUGGCCCGAGAGAUUACCAGCCAACUCGGUGGCGGCGGAGUUUCCCGUCGGAACAGUCAUGGAAUCCCGGUCACCGAGUUUCCCUUCACACUACGUCAGACGCAAUGCCGCAUGGUCGUCACAGCGGUCCGGGGACAUCUGCUUGAAACGCAGUUUCCACCAGAAUACAGUGUGUGGAAAGCACACAAUCCCUCCAUCCUCUUCCAGGUGCCGGUCCAGCGAAAAGCACCCGCCGACAACAAGAACCUAGAGCUCAUGCUCACCGACCUGGCACGGCAGUGCCAGUGGCUCGUGCUGUGGCUGGACUGCGACAGGGAGGGCGAGGCCAUCGCUUUCGAGGUGCUGGAGACGUGCCAGCGAGCAGCAGGCGGCCGGCUGCAGGUCUUCAGGGCAGUUUUCUCGGCGCUGACAAGGCAAGAUCUCGUUCGUGCCUGCCAGACGUUGCGAGAUCCGGAUCAGCGGCUGGCAGACGCAGUCGAGGCACGUCAGCAUUUUGAUCUGCGGGCGGGAUCGGCCUUUACGCGUUGGAUGAGCCUACGGUACCAGAACAUGUUCCCAGAGCUGUGCCAGCAGCCGCUGAGUUAUGGCCCAUGCCAGUUCCCCACCUUGGGCUUUGUCGUCGAACGAUUUCUGCGCAUUCAGCGUUUCGUGUCCGAGCCCUUCUGGUCCAUCAAGGCUGAGGUGCAAAAGGACGGUCACAGCGUGCGCUUCAACUGGCGUCGGGGCCGCCUGUUCGACCGCUUGGCUGUUCUGGCGCUCUACGAGCUGGUCGUGGAAGAG